CUUUAAACCGGAAGCUGUACAUGUAAACACUGUUCGCUUGGAGGUGAGAGUGGCGCUUUCAAAACCAAACUAAAAAAUGUCAAAAAAUAAGAAAAUAGCCUUGAUAUUUGGAGGGUUUGUCACGGCUAUAGCUGCUGCGUUUUACCCGAUAUUCUUCUACCCUCUCACGCAUAACAACGAAUACAGACAAGUCCAAAAGAUGAACCGCACAGGAAUCAACCAGGCAGACGUUCAACCUGUGGGUGUAAAGACGUGGUCAGAUCCAUUCAAACCUGCCGACAAAUGACGUUCCAGUGACUGUUUGAGCCUUCACUGAUUCCACAAAGGGAUGCUGAUGGAGACUAUGGAGAGAGAAUACCAGUCGUGUGUGUGUGUGUGUGUGUGUGAGUGAAAGCUUGAAUGUGUUUUUGUUGUUGUUGAUUUUUUUUCUGAAAUGAGUCCUUUCAAUACUAUAAAUAAAAACUGAAAGCUCUUAUAACUUAA